CCACGCUGCGCCAUGGCCGACACGCCGCUUCCGCUUCCCAACCCCAACCGCUACAUCACAGAGAAUGCCCCCGACGGUAACUCGUUCUUCUCCACCGCGGUGGACGAGUCCCUGCCCGUCCUGAACGAUCUCCGCGGCGCCCUGAUCCGGCUGGGCUACACCACCGACCCGCCCCCCGCGGCGCUGAGCCAUCCGACCGAUGUCGCCCGGUACGCCGCCAGCCUGGCCGACCCCCCGCCCCUCGUGCCCCUGGAGGGGGGCGCCCACGUCUGGUAUAUCGACACGCCCCCCGGCGGCGAGAGCCCCCUGCAUCGCACCGUGAGCCUGGACCUGGUCAUUGUCCUGGCGGGCGACGUCGAGCUCAACCUCUCCGGCGGCGAGCAGCGUCGGCUGCGGCCGGGGGACCUGGUCGUCCAGCGGGCGACCCUCCACAAGUGGCGCAACCUCAGCUCGACCCAGUGGUCCCGCAUGAUCGGCAUCGUCUCCGCCUGCCAGCCCGUCGAGACCCCCAGUGGGCCCCUGGGCGAGACCUUCUUGAGCCCCUGAGCGUGGCGCGACCCCCACGGACAAUGCGGCGGAUCCGAUAUGCUCACAGCGCUCGGGGGAGAAUCCCGCACGGUGUGCUGGGAAUUUAACUGGGCUUGUAAGCCAUCUCAGUAGAGAUAGCCUCCGAUCAAUGUUUUUCCAUUUUAUAAGCACUUUAACUAUUCCUCUUGAGCAGUCCUUGCUGUAUUCUGUUUGUCAGACAACCGCC